AUGUCGCCAGCACAUAGCAGCGCUGUCGAACGGAUCCACACUGCAUACAACACGGGCAAGUAUGAUAACCAGGAUUCCAACUUCUUCUACGACUACUUGGCGCUGCUGGGAACCAUGCAGAACCAGCAUUUCUUCAGCCAGAAGCAGACAGAGAAGAUGCUCGGAUGGAUCAAGGAGGUAGUUGAUGGAAGCGGGAUGCUGGGGGAGUCAACAGACUCGAAAAGCCUGGAGGUGGAGAAUGAGAAGCUUAGAAAGAAGCUCGCGAAGUACGAGGGGAUGGUUCAGACCUUGAAGAGCAUCGAGACGGCAAAGCCCAAGAAGAAAGAGCCCGAGGAGCCACCGAAGCCACAAGGAAAAACCAAAGGAAAAGCCAAAGCAAAGGGCAAGAGUGGCAAAUAUUCGGAGUAUGAGGAGGAGGAGGAGGAGCCCGUCCCCAAGGGCAAGGGGAAGGGCAAGGGAAGCAAAAAGGAAGGACUCAAGGAGGGGAAGGAAGGCAAAGAUGGUGGCAAAGGUAAAGAGAAGACACCAGAGAAGGGGAAAGGGAAAGGAAAAGGAAAGGCGGUCGAGUACGAGUACGAGCCGGUCGUAAAGGGGAAGGCGAAAGCAUUGAAAGGUGCAAAAGGCAAGGGUAAAGGCAAGUCCAAGGAUGAUGAGCCCCCUCCCUUGCGGGCCAGCAAGGGAAAAGGAAAGGGAAAGGAAGAGGAAGCCAAAGGCAAGGGUAAAGCAAAAGAUGCGAAAGGAAAAGGCAAGAGCAAGGGCUACAAAGGCAAAUGA